AUGUCGCAGUGGUCCUCGUACGAGUCUGACCCAGGAUGGCAAUACCUGAAGCGCAGCCGCGAGCAGGAGCUCAUUGACUCGUCGAAGCCGUACGACUCGAAGAAGUCGGUAUGGAUCCCGGAUGCGGAGGAGGGAUUCCUCCCCGCCGAGAUCAAAUCCACCAAGGGCGACACCGCCACCGUCGUCGUUGAGGGCACCGGAGCCGAGAAGACCCUGAAGAAGGAUCUGUGCCAGGAAAUGAACCCGCCAAAGUUCGAGAAGACCGAGGACAUGUCCAACUUGACUUUCCUCAACGACGCGUCGGUGUUGCACAAUCUGCGUGCCCGUUAUGCUACCAUGCUCAUCUACACGUUCUCCGGCCUGUUCUGCGUCGUCAUCAACCCGUACAAGCGUCUCCCGAUCUACACCGAGUCGGUGGCCAACAUGUACAUGGGAAAGCGCCGUACCGAAAUGCCGCCCCAUCUCUUCUCGGUCUCCGAUGAGGCCUACCGUAACAUGUUGAUGGACCACGAGAACCAGUCCAUGCUCAUCACCGGAGAGUCCGGAGCCGGAAAGACUGAGAACACCAAGAAGGUUAUCUCCUACUUCGCGGCCGUCGGUGCCCGCCAAAACGAGGCCGAAGGCAUCAAGAACGACGACGGAGCCAAGAAGGCCACCCUUGAGGAGCAAAUUGUCCGCACCAACCCCGUGCUCGAGGCGUUCGGAAACGCGAAGACUGUCCGUAACAACAACUCUUCCCGUUUCGGAAAGUUCAUCCGUAUCCACUUCUCGCGCUCCGGACGUGUCGCCUCUUGCGAUAUUGAGCACUACCUGCUCGAGAAGUCGCGUGUCAUCCGUCAGGCGCCGGGAGAGCGUUGCUACCACAUCUUCUACCAAAUCUUCACCGGAUACGUCAAGGGACUGAAGGAGAAGCUCAUCCUCGACAAGCCGAUCACCGAGUACUGGUUCGUCGCCCAAGCCGAGCUGACGGUCGAUGGUAUUGAUGAUGUGGAGGAGAUGCAGGCCACCGAGGAGUCCUUCGACAUCCUCAACUUCACCCCCGAAGAGAAGUACGACUGUUACCGCCUGAUGGCCGCCCAUAUGCACAUGGGAUGCAUGAAGUUCAAGCAACGCCCGCGCGAAGAACAGGCUGAACCUGAUGGACAGGAGGGAGCCGAGAAGGCCUGCAAGAACUAUGGUGUUGAUGUUGAUCAAUUCAUCAAGGCCUUGGUGUCCCCGCGUGUCAAGGUCGGAUCCGAAUGGGUGACGAAGGGCCAGAACGUCGACCAGGUCAACUGGGCCAUCGGGGCCAUGGCCAAGUCGCUGUACGCCCGCGUGUUCCACUGGAUCGUCAAAAAGUGUAACGAGACCCUGGAUCAACAGGGUAUCAACCGUGACCACUUCAUCGGUGUGCUCGACAUUGCCGGCUUCGAAAUCUUCGACUUCAACAGCUUCGAGCAGUUGUGGAUCAACUUUGUGAACGAGAAGCUCCAGCAGUUCUUCAACCACCACAUGUUCGUCCUCGAGCAGGAGGAGUACGCCAGGGAGGGCAUCCAGUGGACGUUCAUCGAUUUUGGACUUGACCUCCAGGCUUGCAUCGAGCUGAUCGAAAAGCCGCUGGGUAUCAUCUCCAUGUUGGACGAGGAGUGCAUCGUGCCAAAGGCCACCGACAUGACCCUCGCGCAGAAGCUGAACGACCAGCACCUCGGCAAACACCCCAACUUCGAGAAGCCCAAACCGCCAAAGGGCAAGCAGGGCGAGGCCCACUUUGCCAUGAGGCAUUACGCCGGAACUGUGCGCUACAAUGUGCUGAACUGGCUGGAGAAGAACAAGGACCCCCUCAACGAUACUCUUGUCGGAGUGAUGAAGGUGUCGAAGGGCAACGAGUUGUUGAGGACUGUCUGGGCCGAUUAUCAGACCCAGGAGGAGGCCGCUGCCGCGCAGAAGGCCGGCGGUGAGCGCAAGAAGGGCAAGUCCGGCUCCAUGAUGACGGUGUCGAUGGUGUACCGCGAGUCGCUGAACAAGCUGAUGGACAUGUUGCACAAGACCCACCCCCACUUCAUCCGUUGCAUCAUCCCCAACGAGAAGAAGCAGUCCGGCAUGCUCGACGCGGCCCUGGUCAUGAACCAGCUGACCUGCAACGGUGUGCUCGAGGGUAUCCGUAUUUGCCGCAAGGGAUUCCCCAACCGUACCCAACAUCCCGAUUUCGUCCAACGCUACGCCAUCCUCGCCGCCAACGCCGCCAAGACGUCCAAGGACGACCCGAGGAUGAACGCCGAGGCCAUCAUGAUGCAGCUGCAGAAUGAGAAGAAGAUCACCGAGGAGCAGUACCGUGUCGGCCACACCAAGGUCUUCUUCAAGGCCGGAGUCGUUGCCCACAUUGAAGAUCUGCGUGACGAGAAGCUCGCCGAAGUCAUCGGCCUCUUCCAGGCCCGCAUCCGCUUCUACUUCGCCACCGCCGACUCGGAUGAUCGUCGCCGUCAACUGAACGGCUACGUGAUCGUGCAGAAGAACAUCCGCACCUGGUCCGUCCUCCGUACCUGGGAUUGGUACAAGCUGUUCGGCAAGAUCCGCCCGCAGCUCAAGUCCGGCAAGCAGGCCGAGGAGAUGGCCAGGCUGUCCAAGGAGGUCAAGGAACUCGAGGGACAGGUGGCAAAGUCGGAGGCCGAACGGAAGGCGGCCGAGGAGGUGUACAACAAGCUGCACGCCGAGAAGCAGCGUCUGCUCGAAGCCCUUGAGGCCUGCGCCGGAGGUGGCGCAGCGGUUGAGGCGAAGCUGAACAAACUGAAUGCUAGCAAGAACGAGUUGGAGAAGGGGCUGUCUGACUUGAACGACAAGCUCUCGGCUCAAGAGGAGAGGAACUCCCAUUUGAACAAGGAGAAGAGGAAGGCCGAGAUGGAGGUCGAGAACAUGAAGAAGGCCAUCGACGGAGUAGAGGCCUCGAUCCAGAGAACCGAGGAGGAGAAGCAGGCCAAGGACAACCAGAUCCGCUCCCUUCAAGAUGAAAUGAACGCCCAGGAUGAGUCGAUCGCCAAGCUCAACAAGGAGAAGAAACACCAAGAGGAGGCCAACAGGCAGCUCACUGAGGAUCUCCAGGCCGAAGAGGCCAAGACCGCCCAGGUCAAUCGACUGAAGCAGAAGCUCGAGUCGACCCUGGAUGAGGUUGAGGAGAGUGUGGAGAGGGAGAGGAGGAUCAGGGCUGAUGUGGAGAAGGCGAAGAGAAAGGUUGAGGGAGAGCUGAAGGCCGCUCAGGAGAACAUCGAUGAGAUGCUGAAGAUCAAGGCUGAUGCUGAGGGAUCGUUGAAGAAGAAGGAAACCGACCUCCACGCCCUCGGCGUCCGCCUCGAAGACGAACAAGCCCUAUCCGGCCGUCUCCUCCGCCAACAAAAGGAGAAUGCCCAACGUCUCCAAGAGAUGGAGGACGAGCUCGAACACGAACGCCAAGCCCGCUCCAAGGCCGACCGCGCUCGCGCCGAACUGCAACGCGAACUCGACGAACUGAACGAGCGCCUCGACGAGCAGAACGGCAACUGUGAAGCCCAGAUGGAGGUGAACAAGAGGAAGGACUCCGACCUCGCCAAGGUCCGCCGCGAGUUGGACGAGCUCAACAUGGGCCAUGAGGAUCAACUGGCCUCCUUGAGGAAGCGCAACAACGACCAAGUCGGAGAACUGACCGCCCAGCUCGAGAAUCUGCAGAAGAACAAGUCGAGAAUCGACAAGGAGAAGACCAUCCUCCAGAAGCAGCUCGAUGACAUCAAUACCAACGUCGACAACGAGACCAAGGCCCGCGCUGAGCAGGAGCGACUUGCCAAGACCUAUGAGAUCCAGGUGGCUGAGCUCCAGGCUAAGGUGGAUGAGCAGACCCGUCACAUCAACGAGUACAGCACGUCCAAGUCCCGCCUUGUCGUCGACAACACCGAUUUGGCACGCACUGUCGAGGAGCUCGAGACGCAGCUGAACACCCUGACCCGCGCGAAGGCCGCCUACAGCUCGCAGCUGAACGAGGCGAAGAAGUCGCUCGAUGAGGAGAGCCGCGAACGCCAGGAGCUGAACGUGCAGUCAAAGAACCUGCAGCACGAGAUCGAACAGGCCCAAGAACUGCUUGAGGAAGAAGCUGAACAACGCUCCGACCUCCAGAAGCAGCUGUCGAAGAUGAAUUCCGAGAUUCAGCAGUGGAAGGCGAAGUAUGAGGGCGAAGGACUUGUCGGAGCUGACGAGGUCGAGGAGACCAAGCGCAAGCAGAACAUGCGCAUCUUCGAGCUCCAAGAUCUGCUCUCUGCCGCCAGCCAGAAGAUCUCCAUGCUGGAGAAGGCCAAGGGCAGAUUGAUGCAGGAGACCGAGGAGGCCCGCUCUGACGUUGACCGGCAUCUGACCGUCAUCGCCGCCCUGGAGAAGAAGCAGAAGGCGUUCGACAAGAUUGUCGAGGACUGGAAGAGGAAGGUUGAUGAUGUGCAGAAGGAGAUUGACGCCACGACCCGUGACUCGCGCUCCACUUCGACUGAGGUGUUCAAGCUCAAGUCGGCCAUGGAUGCCUUGACCGACCAGAUUGAGGCCCUGAAGAGGGAGAACAAGGGAUAUACCCAGGAGAUCAGGGAUAUCAACGAGCAGAUUGGACUUGGUGGAAGGACCUACAACGACGUCUUGAAGCUGGUCAAGAGGCUCGAGAUCGAGAAGGACGAGCUCCAGCACGCUUUGGAUGAGGCUGAGGGUGCUCUGGAGGCCGAGGAGAGCAAGGUGCUCCGCCAACAGAUCGAAGUCCAACAGAUCCGCUCCGAGGUCGAGAAGCGCAUCCAGGAGAAGGAGGAGGAGUUCGAGAACACCCGCAAGAACCACCAACGCGCCGUCGAGAGCAUCCAGGCAUCCCUUGAGGUUGAGGCCAAGACCAAGGCCGAGCUUAUGAGGGUCAAGAAGAAGUUGGAGGGAGACAUCAACCAGCUCGAGAUCAUGCUCGAUCACGCCAACAAGGCUAACGUCGAGGCACAGAAGAGCAUCAAGAAGAUGUUGGAGUUGGUCAAGGAGCUGCAGGGACAGGUUGAGGACGAGCAGAAGAAGCGCGAGGAGUUGAGGGAGAACUAUCUGUCGGCUGAGAAGAGACUGGCUGUGGCGUUGUCUGAGCAGGAUGACCUUGCUCAGAGGAUUGCUGUCGCUGACAAGCAGAAGAGGCAAUUGGAGUCGGACAUGGCCGAUCUCAAGUCGUCCAACACGGAGCUGAUCGCUGGAAACGCGGCUGUGUCGGCGAUGAAGAGGAAGGUUGAGAAUGACGUGCAGAUUGCCAAGAACGAGCUCGAUGAGAUCCUGAACGAGCUGAAGACCUCGGAAGAGCGAUCCCGCAAGGCCAUGGCUGAUGCUGCCCGUCUCCAGGAGGAGGUCAAGCAGGAGCAAGACCACGCCGCCCACGUCGACAGACAACGCAAGGGACUUGAGAUGACCAUCCGCGACCUGCAGCUCAAGAUGGAGGAGGCCGAGCAGGCUAUGAUCAAGUACGGCCAGAAGGCUCUCUCCAAGAUGGAGGACCGCAUCCGUUCGAUCGAGGGCGAGCUGAAGAACGAGAAGAUCCGCCACCAAGAAUCCGUCAAGGGCGUCACCAAGCAGGAGAGGCGCGUCCGCGAGCUCCAGUUCCAGGUGGAAGAGGACAAGAAGGCGUUCGAUCGUCUCCAGGAGCUCGUCGAGAAACUCCAGCAGCGCAUCCGCGUCCAGAAGAGGCAGAUCGAGGAGGCGGAGGAGGUCGCCACCUCAAACCUCUCCAAGUUCCGCCAAAUCCAGCUGGCUUUGGAGUGUGCCGAGGAGCGCGCCGAUGUUGCUGAAAACUCUCUGGUCAGAAUGCGGUCAACGAAGCGACUGAAUGAGGACAAG